GAAAUGAACCAAUGGCAUUAGACUUUAUUUAUCAUCACUUCUCAACAUGAACAUGCAUAUCAUAACCAUAGACAGACAUAGAUUGGUGACUCCUGAAAUGAUGUAAUGUUGCUGUAUUUUAGUACUCAUUAUUCUAAUCAGUUUCCUUACUAAAGAUUUCGACUAUGGCAUCCAGUUUACUUCUUUUUUCGCGCUCUGCACAGGUGCUACAUGCAAACAAAUUCGAUCGUUGUGUAUCUGCGACUUUAGUGACUUUUACUUUCGGAUUGCGAUCACUGCCAUCGAAUCCAUUCCCUUUCAUCAUAAUGACUUCGCCUAAAAGAGUUUUGUCACUUCUGAGCUCGUCAACAUCCAGAUUUAGGUGUAAAUCAAAAUCUGACAAUUGUAAACUCUCUGUUAAUAAGACAAAGAUUCUUUCACAUGUAUCCGGAUCACAAUCAUUUAACUUAAAUUCAACAGUUUUUCUACAUUCAAUUAGGCGGACUUCAAGUAUAUUCAUCAAUAUUACCGGUACUAGAUCUAAGAACUCUAGCUCGAGUAGCAUUAGAUCUUAUGAUAAAGAUGAACAGUAUAAAUUAAUAUCUAGACCUAUCCAUACUAUUAACACCAAUCUAUUUGAUUUAUUGGCAAUUAAUCCUGUGCAAUUUACAAACCUACGUUAUAUACGUUAUAAAACUCAAAUUCGAAGUCAACACCAGGAUCAGACAAAAAAAGAUACCAACAAUGCAAGUGUCGCUGCUAACAUACAGAAAAUUGAUAAAAAAGAUCAAACCAAUACUAAAGAAAGUGAAGUGGCAGAAACUGUUGUUACAGAGAAACCAUCACUCUAUCAAAGGUUCAAGCAAACUUACAAACAACAUGGCAAGAUUUUAAUAGCUGUUCAUCUCUGCACCUCAGCUUUUUGGUUUUCUUCCCUUUAUCUAUCUGUGAGAAGUGGCUUGGAUAUUGUUCCAUACUUAGAAAAAUGGAACAUAAGUGAAAAAGUGAUUAGUCCCUUUCGAUCUGGUGGAUUGGGAAGUUUAGCUGUUACUUUUCUUUUGUACAAAAUGAUUGCACCUGUGCGAUAUGCUUCUACACUUGGAGGUACCAACCUGGCUAUUAAAUAUUUAAGAAGAGAAGGCAAAAUGAAAGAAAUUCCUCAAGAGGAUAGACUGAGGUCACUAUAUAAGGAAGGAAAAGAAAACUUAAAAACUAAGUCUAAGGCCCGUAUUAAGAAACUUCGCAGAAAGUCAAAGCUGACUAAAGGAUCAAAGAAUGAUUCUAAUUGAUCAUACUGAUGUUAUCAAAAGUGCUUUUAAUAUUAUAAAUGCAUGCUACUUUUAAAUAAAGUUACAACAUGUAUUUUGUGCCAAAUUAAGCUAAUUAUUUAGUUUCAUUGUUAAUGAAAAUCUGAUCUAAUCAAUUAAGUAAAAUGUAAGUACUCACAUAUAGUCAGUCAAUGAAAUUAUUGCUUAAUUUAAUUGCUCUUUUUAAAAAUAUAUUUAUUUAUAUUAUAGCUACUAUUAGAUGUCAAAUGUCUACUUUGACAAAAAUUCAAAAUGUAAAAGAACUUACAACAAAAGUUAUGCACUUUAUGUCCUUUGUUUAAAUAUAGAAAUAUAGUUUGUUUGUUUUUUCAAUUUCAAAGUGGACACAGAUUGAAAAUACACAAUGUAUUUAUUUAGGAUUUAAAAAAAAAAGUAUUAACUUGAAAUUAAUACGAUCAUCACAUAUGGUUAAAGAGAAGUUGGCAUUUCAAGCAAGCUUGGUGUGUUAUAUAUAUAUUUUUUUAUUGUUUUGCUGGCGGUGACCAAUAUUAGUUAAACAUGUGCUUCAUAUCAAGUUAGAAAGAUGUUAUCUCAUGCUUUUGCUUUGCAUAGUGUGGGGACAAAAGGAGGGAAAAAUGUUUCUAGUUGACGAUUGAGUCUAAAAUUUGCUUUGUGAUAUUCAUUAGAAUUUAAAAAAAUCACUCUUUAUAAAUAAUUUGAUCAAAAUUAAUAAGAUAUUUGUUAUGUGUACUACCUACUGUUUGUUUUUUAAGGUUUUAUUUUAUUUAAUUUUAUAAAUUGAAUGAUGUAUUAUUUAAUUUAUUAAAUUUCAAUUUAGAACUUGUAUUUUUUAAUCACACAUAAAUUUUUUGUCAUACAUGAAUAACAUACAUUUGUUUUAAAAGUCAGGUUGGGAUAGAAAUAUUUUAGUGACAAAUCUUGUUUUAUUUUAAAACUUCUGGUAAAGCAUUUGUGUUUUUAAUAUAUCAUUAAUUGUGACAUGAGUUGGUCAAUUCAUUAAAUUAUAUUAAUGCUGCUGUAUUUUUUUUUCUUUAUUUGGCAGUUAACCAUAUUAUCCUGGAUAUCUAAAACAAUUUUACAUUAACUUCUCAAUUAUAUUUAUUGUUGGAAAGAGCCUACAGCUCAAUAACAGAAAGAAUUCUAGAAGAAGAAUGUUUACAUUGUGACAUGUUUAUCAAGUGCAACCUAGUGGAUAUGCAUUUUGACAUUACAUGACAUGUUAUGUAUUAUCUAGUGUUGAUUUUUUUUCAAUUUCACUACUGUUGUAAGACCAAAAAAUAUAAUAAUGUUAUUUUUGUUCAGAAGAUUGAAUAGCCUAUUAAAUCUUCAGGUUAAUAUAGUUGGGCAUUAGUUUAGUUCAGUCUUUUAAGUUGUCAAUCAAGUAUCAGUAAUUUUUUUCAAAAACAUUUUUAACUGGCUAUAUGACUUUUGUUCAUGUUGAAAUAUCAUCAUGCACAUAGGCUGUCAUAUGCACAGUGACUUUUAGUGUAGGUUGUGAACUAUAUUUGUACUACUUAUGAUUAUUAACUUCUAAAGAUGAAAUGUUGCUGGGUUCAACAUACUUUUAUCUACACUCAAAAGAAUUGUCCAUCCAAAGAUUUUAAGACAUAUAUAUAUCUCCAUAUAUAGUAGGUUCAGAAGAAUUCUGUCACUUCUAAGCCCAGUGAUUUUCAAACAAUUUAUGUGGUCAGGAUGAAGACCAUUCACAGUUGUUAUUUUCUCAAAGUACAAAGGUAGCAGCAUUCAUUGUGAAUUUGUUCCCUGACAUCCACCACAAAAACAAAAAUAUCAGUUUCUUGUGAUUUUUUGAAGCUAAGCUUUUAAUGAUAGGUUUAAUAGGUUUAAUUUUGUAUCAAGUACCUGUACUGCAUGUGCUUGGUAGUGUUCUGUGGUUAAGAAGCUGCCAUUAAGUAAUGAAAUACAUUCGAGAAACUAUAAUGUCUCUCUAAAAAAAAUAGUUUGUGUUAAAUACAUAUUUUUUAGUUGUUGCGAUACGGAAUAAAGUGUGAACAUUUUAAAUGUUCAUUCUAGUAUAGGGUUAAAGGGAGAAUUUUAAAAAAAUAGGAUAAAGUAUGCACUUGAGAUAAUUGACAAAUCAUUCCAGAGUACUUUCAUUUUAGCUUGGCACCUUGGCUCAAAAUGUUAGACUGGUAUUUGGAAUGUUAAUAUUUCUUUCUGGUAUGGUUCCUGUAAUAGUUUAUUGCUUUUUUUUUUUUUUUUUAAAUUAGUAUUUUAUUCUCUUACAUAUUUAAAUGUUUGAACUUGUUGACCUUCUGACAACUGACUUUAAAUGGUAAAUGGAUGAACUUUAACUCCUAUAGAAUUAAUUGGUAUUACACUAUAGAUGCGAGCUGACACAUCUGUAAAAGGUUACACUACCACUGUGUGAUAGAUGUUGCAGCAUUUACAAAUAUAUGCUGUUAAGGUGUUACCUUUAUAAAAUGCCAAUAUUUUACUUGGAACAUAUAUUUGAAGUACCGGGUAGCGAGUAAAAAUUGCAAAAAAAGAAAAUAAUGUAUUGUUUACAAAGCUAAAGAAUGUAACAGCAUCCAUUACGCACCAUUCAUUUAUUACAAAUGUUAAUUAGUUAUCUAGUUGUGUUGUCAGAACUUGUUGUGCUUUGUGAUUUUAUAAAAAAAUAUUUCACCAUGUGAUAGAAACUGAUUAGUCUGAUUGGUUAUUAUUACAGUAUCUUGUUAGUUUUAAAAUGUCAAUACUUUCUACUGCUGUAUUUCCUUUUUGCUUGUAUGUUUGCUAAAAUCUGUCAUGUGUGUUUGUAAUAGAGAUUUCACUUGUAUAUUGGGAGAAGUUAAUACAUUUUUUUUCCUUAAUACCAAAUAUAUGAAAUGUAAGUUUUCCAAAGAUUAUUUAUAUUAAAAAAAAGCUACUUUAA